AGUUAUGAUGAGUGGAGGAGGGGAAGUGGUGUGUGUGACAGGAGCGUCGGGGUACGUAGCGUCAUGGCUGGUCAAGGGUUUACUCCAUCGUGGUUACACCGUCAAGGCCACCGUUCGCGACCUCCGUAACAGACGUGGAUUUGCACACCUCAAAGCACUUGAAGGAGCUAAGGACAGACUACACAUUUUCCAAGCUAACUUAACUGAAAAUGGAUCUUUUGAAUCCAUCGUGGAUGGUUGUAUUGCUGUUUUCCAUACAGCAUCUCCUGUUGUGCUUUCCACUACAGACCCACAGGGUGAAGUGAUAGAACCAGCAGUGAAGGGAACGCUUAACGUGCUCCAAUCAUGCAGCAAAGCAGCAUCUGUUCGACGAGUCAUUGUAACAUCAUCUAUGGUUGCAGUUAACUACAAUCGGAACUAUCAAGGUCCGGAUGUCGUGGUUGAUGAAACAUGGUUUUCAGACCCCGAAUACUGCCGAGGAAACAAGAGAUGGUAUUGGCUUGCGAAAACCUUGGCAGAGAAAGCUGCAUGGGAAUACGCCCAAGAAAAUAAGCUUAACUUGGUGGUAUUACAUCCCGGAUUUGUGAUUGGUCCUCUCCUUCAGCCCACUCUCAAUACUACUUCUCAGCUUAUUCUGAACGUUCUUACUGGAACUCAGGGUUUUGGAGACUAUCAGUUCGUGGAUGUUAGAGAUGUUGCCCGUGCGCAUAUUCAGGCAUUUGAGAAUCCUUCUGCUGCUGGAAGAUACAUUUUAGUCGGAACUUCAAUAACUCACUCCCAACUUCAGCACAUAUUACAUCAGCUUUACCCUUCCCUCAACCUUCCUACCAUUGGUGAGAGGAAUCCAACCUUCCAAGUGUCCAAACAGAAAGCAGAAAGUUUAGGCAUAAAAUUCAUGCCUUUGGAGGUGAGUCUGAAGGAUACUGUUGAGAGUUUGAUGCAGCAAAACUUCUUCAAACUUUGAAAU